CACAUUGAUUUCCUUUUUUCUUUUUUUUUCUUGUUGUUGGCUUUAUCGUUCGUUCAUCUUGCCGGCGUAGUUCACCGGCGACACAGUUUCUAAGGUUUCUGAAGCAGGCAUGCAACAAGUUUCAAGUGGGUCAGAUUGUGAGCUUACAUUAUAGAAAUCAAACGAUGUCAGAUUCUGGUGAAGCUAAACCGUCUCAGCAAGAAGAAUCUCAACCUCAACCUGCUGGGCAAGAAUCUCAGCCUCAACAAGUUUGCACUUUCUUCAAGAAGCCAACUAAAGCUAAAAACAUUAGGAAAAGAACUCUUGACGCAGACGAAGAAGACGAAGAUUCGAAAAGCCAAAGUUCUAUCUUACAGAAUCUAAAGAAAGUUGCGAAACCUGAUAGCAAGUUGUACUUUUCCUCUGGUCCAUCUAAGAGCUCUACUACAACGAAUGAAGCUCCUGAGAAACCCGUCUUUCACUAUGAUUCAUCCAAGGAAAUCCAGGUUCAAAACGACAGUAAAGCAACAGCAACCCUUGAAACUGAAACCGACUUCAAUCAAGACGCCCGAGCUAUCCGUGAGCGAGUUCUUAAAAAGGCUGACGAAUCAUUGAAAGGGAAUAAGAAAAAGGCUUCGGAUGAGAAGCUGUACACCGGGAUUCAUGGAUAUACUGAUCACAAAGCUGGGUUUAGAAGAGAGCAAACAAUCUCGAGCGAGAAAGCUGGAGGCUCGCAUGGGCCAUUAAGAGCUUCUGCUCACAUCAGAGUCUCGGCUAGAUUCGAUUACCAGCCAGACAUUUGCAAGGAUUACAAAGAAACCGGAUACUGUGGAUAUGGAGAUUCUUGCAAGUUCUUGCAUGACCGUGGGGAUUACAAACCGGGAUGGCAAAUAGAGAAAGAAUGGGAAGAAGCAGAGAAAGUUAGGAAGAGAAAUAAAGCUAUGGGAGUUGAGGAUGAAGAUGAUGAGGCUGGCAAUGAUAGCGACGAAGACGACGAUGCACUGCCCUUUGCUUGCUUCAUUUGCAGAGAGCCUUUCGUUGAUCCGGUUGUCACCAAAUGCAAACAUUACUUCUGUGAGCAUUGUGCUUUAAAGCAUCACACGAAGAACAAGAAGUGCUUUGUGUGUAACCAGCCAACAAUGGGGAUUUUCAAUGCAGCACAUGAGAUCAAGAAGAGAAUGGCUGAAGAACGUAGUAAAGCUGAAGGAUUGUGAAGUUCUUUUAAUAAGCCGAAGCCCUUUUUUUGUUUUGUUUGUUGUACUCAUUUAGCCCAUAUUGUGAUGGCCUUUAUAGAUUGGGCCUUGUUUGGUUCAUCAAAUAUAUAAAACCUUUUUUUCAUUUUUUGUCAAAGGUAAAAGUGAGAUCAAACCAAGACCAUGAAUGUUUCAGUCUGGUGAUGACACGAUAAACUCGUAACUUUUUACUUCCACCAUUAUCAGAAGAAUCUCUUUCUCCAA